UGAGGCAAGCUUCAGGCUAAUAGAGGGUCAAGACCCAUUGGAAACAAGGUGAUGAAAAAAAAAAAAAAGAAACAAGAUGAUGAAUUAACUGGAUGUGUCUGCCCCAAGCCCCCAGUACCAGUAGAGGAGUCCUUCCGCUCAUUGGUUCUCAACAUCCAUAACCAGGAAUAUAUGACUUUGUAUCUAGAGCACAUUCUUAGAAGCCUGGCAUAAUCAUGGCAGGGUUGCAUUUUCAAUUCCAUGGUCAUCAUAUGGGUUUAGAGGAAUAGAAUAUAUAUGAACCAUAAAUUACAUUUGCUCAACCACCUUGAGUUAUAAGAGGUUCUAUGAAGUGUGACUUUGUUAACCAUCUACUUCAAAUGCCAAGAUCCAGUGAGGCAUAACCAAUUCCAUGCAAUGGUAUCUGAAUGGUAAGGAUUGUCAGUGUUUUCAUUAUUAGUGACAAGUUACAGGGUUUUGUUAAGAAAGGAAAGGGCAGGCGAGACCUUCUUUCUUUUACUUCCAAUGUGACUUGUUUGAGGGGGAGGAGAGCAAACGCCAACAAUCCCGCGAAUGUAAUUUGGCGCAUGUAGUCAGGCAGGGAAGUCAGCAACUUGAAAUGCUGGGCUUCUCCGUACACACGUAAUCAUCAGCCAGUGGAAGUACUUCAGUCUCAGUGUGCUAAGCGAUUGACAGCGGUGGGAGUCUUGGGGAAUUUAUAACUCACUGUGUCUUCAGGCAACAGACAGGUCAUAAAGUCACCAGAAGGAAAUCCCUGGAUACAGUCUGUCCCACCACACUUACAAAAACCUGUGUAACGGAGAUCCUGGGGGCCCAAUGAAGCCUUUUGUGGAGGUGUUGGAUUCUUCUGUUAGAUUUCAUGAAGUACCUCUUUCCUAGAUAGUUGGAUAUCUAGGAACAUCAAACAUACUUUUGAAAAAGACAAAAUUUUCCCCUGAAAAUUUUAUAAGGAGUAAAAGAAAUCUUCCAAAAUCAAACUUGGACAAUUCUUAUAUACCCAUACCAAGGUGAACAUUUGUGCCAAACACCUGUGUUUGUAAGUUCAUUGUAAGUUUUUUUUUUCUUUAAUACGAUAAAUGGUAGAGAAAAGUUACCUUUACAUUCAUAUAUGAUUCUCUUCACCCUGAAGUGGUAAGAGGACACACGAACAUAGUUUAAAAAAGUAUGUAGCCAUUUCCAACAUUCUGCUCCCCUAUUGAGGAGGUUAUAAGUUGCGUUGCAAAACCUAAAUGUUACAUCACAAAGCCCGCUAAGAGGCCGGCGAGGCUUUGAGCUUUUUAGAUUCCAGGGGUCGGACAGUAGCUGGAAAAGCUGCUUCCAGACUCGUUUCCAAGUGAGGAACAUUGACAUCGCCAGCUUUCUUCAGCUUCCCAGGAAUGUGGCCGCUGUGCACUUCGCCCAGAGGCGUCCCAGAGCGGAACCGGGAGACCUAUCACUUGGGAGCGCCAAUCUCCGAAGCCUCUGGGCGGACGCUGCUUUGGGCGCCUGCCUCUCACUCACCCCUCCUCCUCGAGUACAUUCACACAUGACCCUUACUGGGCCAGAUUCCCCCCACCUCCAUAGUAGGUCCCCAUCUCCAGCCCGUUCAUUUGCAGUCACUGCUUUUGAACUGAAAUCUGCCCUUAAAAAAAAAAAAUAAAAAUAAAAAAUAAAAAAAGAGAGAGAGAGAAAAGAAAAAAGAAAAAGCUGUAGGGGUUGGAAAAGGAGGACAGGAGAUUGAACUCCAACUUUAGAGCAACCGUCCUGGGCUGCCCAUCUGACACCAGUGGGUGGGGUGCAAUCUGACACUUCCUUUCCUUUCCAGAAACGUGAGUGGAGCUGGCGCCCCCUCUAUCUGGGGGAGGGGAGACAGGGAGAAGGUCCGAACUUCCGUCCUCACUAGCUAUCUCCCCUGGAGACCGGGUAUCAGCAGCGAGCUGCGCUCUCACAGCGCGGCUGCCGGGUUUGGCGCCUGGAAAACUCCACGUUCUGCUUUCUCCUGCUCUUGGCUCCGCCCCAGCUCUAGACCUGGCUUCCCUCCCGCCCUACCCGGCCCGCCCACCCCCUUCCCUCUGCCUCCAGCGUGAGCGUGCGGGGACCGCUCCGCUCCAGCUCUGGGCCCACAGCUGGGCUGCGAAGAUCCAGAGCCUUUAUCCGGUGGGGCUUAGACUCUCGCCCCUGGGGCUCUUUCCAUAGCUCCCUGAGCGCAGCCAGGAAUUCUCUCCCACCGUAGCCACUCAGCCCUUGGGAGGCCCUAGGCGCAGCGUGGUCCGUGUCCCCACUUCGUAGCAAGGUUUGCACCCCGAGGGAUCCUGGAGCUUGGAGACACUCUCGCACCUAGCCAGUCGGAGGAGUGGGCACAGCAGCCAAGUGGAGGCCAGACGCGCAGCUUCAGGGGCCGGGGCACAAGGACCGUACAGCCCAGGCGCAGCUCGGGCGCCCAACUUCAGAGCGGAGGAAGUCCCUCUCGCAUUGCGGGGAGCGCAACGGACGGUCGCGCCCUGAGCGCACGCCCUGGAGGCCUCCUCCCCAGCCCUCGGGACCGUCCUCAGGGCGCGAGGAGGAGCUUGCUGAAGACUUCGAGGCUGUCCAGAGCCAGCGAGCGGGAGCGCGGCGUCUCCUGCCUCGGCUGGGAAGGGGGAGUGGCGCUGGCGGGCUGGAGCUGGGAACUCAGAGAGCGCCUGACCUUCCUCCUCUUCCUCACCCCUUUCGAGACUUGGGCUCUGGGGGAAAGUUCUAGUGGCCGCAGGAGGCCAUCCGACCUCUUUCCCUAGAAGGCUGGUGAUGGAUCUUCUGCUUCUGCACCCGCUGGGGCACUUGGAGCGCGCUGGUGGCGCGUGAGCCUGUCACUGCCCUCCACCGCCCUCCACCGCCCUCGGCCAGCCUCGGGCCAGUUCCGCCUGGCAGCCCAGUCUGAGCCCCCUUCCUUUCCCGGCUCCAAAUCGCCUGCGUCCCGAGAGCGGGAAGAGGGUGGCCCUUAGGCACAGUCACGCCGGGAUGUCCGCGCAGAGCCUACUCCACAGUGUCUUCUCCUGCUCCUCGCCGGCCUCGGGUGGCUCGGCCUCGGCCAAGGGCUUCUCCAAGAGAAAGCUGCGCCAGACCCGCAGCUUGGACCCGGCCCUGAUCGGCGGCUGUGGGGGCGAGACCGGCGUGGAGGGCAGCUCGCGGGGGGCCACCGGGGGCCGCCUCUGCUCCCCGCUGCCUCCAGCCGAGGGUCUGGGCCCCCGCUCGGCGUCCUCCCCUAGGGGCCCACACCCCCGGGCCAACCGACUCCCACCCCCUAGACCCCUCUGCUCAUCCUUCUCCACGCCAAGCACCCCGCAGGAGAAGUCGCCUUCUGGCAGUUUUCACUUUGACUAUGAGGUGCCCCUGGGUCGCGGUGGCCUCAAGAAGAGCAUGGCCUGGGACCUGCCUUCAGUCCUGGCUGGGCCUGGCAGUGGCCGCAGCGCCAUCCUCUGCUCCUCGGGGGGUGGCCCUAAUGGCAUCUUCACUUCUCCCAGGAGGUGGCUCCAGCAGAGGAAGUUCCAGUCCCCCCCCAACAGCCACAGCCACCCCUACGUUGUGUGGAAGUCCGAGCCACUCCAGGUGCACAUAGAGACUGCGUCAAAGCAGCUUGCUCCCAGCCUCCCACCCACCCAAACCAAAGUGCUGUGUAUAAAAUUCUGGACUCAUCACUAGCCCCUGUCUUCGAAAAUUGAGUAAAGGUAAGGCUUUUACCUGAAACAGACACUUUAAGGUGGGAGAGGGGAGUGAGUCAUGUUUGGUGUUUCAUGAUAAAUUUGAGAUGCCUGUGAAACGUCACGUGUGGGUGUCCAGGGAACUCUGUGGUAGGUCGCUGGAACUCAGGAGAGAGGGCUAGGAUGAACAUGUCCAUCUUGGAGGAAUUACGGUCUAGGUCAGUGGUUCCCAGCCCUGAUCACAUCACCUGGGGAGCUUUAAGAAUCCAGAUGCCCAGGCUGACCCCUAGACCAAUUAUGACAGAUUCAGACACGAGUUUACGUUAAGGAAAGGUGGAAGAGUUCUCAGCAACAGGUGAGUUCUCGGUGAGAGGUAACCUCAAGUGAUGCAAGUCUGCGGACAAACUGGAGAAGGGCAGUGGAUGUAAGCUGAGAGCUGAAGGGACCAGAGAAGGGAGGAACGCAAUGGACUGAUGGCCACACAUGCUUUGGGCCCCCCGAGAGGAGAACCGCAGAUUUGUGUCCAGCCUGUACAUGGUUUUUAAUGGAGGUAGAGACAUGCAACGUUGUGUUCAUUUCAGGUGUACAGCGUAAUGAUUUGGUAUUUGCGUACCUUGCAAAAUCAUCACCACAGUCUGGCUAACACUGCUCACCACACAUAGUUACAGAAUUGGUUUUUUUCUUGUGUUGAGAACUUUGAAGAUUUACUUUCUUGGCAAUUUCAAAUAUGCAAUAAAGUAUUAUUAACUAUAGUCGCCACGCUGUAGAUGACAUCUCCAUAGUUUAUUUGUUUCGUAACUGGAAGUUUGCACAUUUUGACUACCUUUACCCAGUUCACUCAUCCCCCCGCCCCCAUCCUUGGCCCCCACCGAUCUGUUCUCUCAAUCUAUGAGCUCAAUCUGGGGUUUGUUUCUUAGAUUCCACAUAUAAGUAAGAUCAUACAGCAUUUGUCUUUCUGUCUGACUUUUUGCACUUAGCAUGAUGCAGUCUGCACAUUUGUGCAGUUUUUUUUCUCCACGCACUAAUGUCCAGAUUGGGGGAGGGGGCUUGGUCCUGCUGAUCAGGAGUGGACUUUGCUGAAAGGGCAAGAAUUUCUGCAGCCAACCCUGGAAUCCAGGCUGGAUAAGGAAGAUGCUCAAGUUGAGAGGGGGCUGCUCAUCCGGAAGCAGCUCAGAAGUGGAGGAAGGAUUAGAGGCAGUGCUCAAAGACUAGAGCAGUGCAAUUAGGGGGCACAUGUGAGACAGGGUGGCUGGAUUUUCUGGGAAGUGGAAGCCAUUGCAGUUGAGGUGGAAGUUGUAAGUGUGGAGACAUUUUGUGUUCACUCCUCUGGUACUCCUUUCCUCUGUGGUUUCUUCUUCUCCUUCUCUUCCUUCUCCUUGUUCUUUUUUUUCUUCUUCUUCUUGCUUAUUGCCAAUUUCCUUGACCUAAGGGCUAUCUCACAGUGACUGUGGGGUGUUUUAGUGCAGCUGUGUUCUACAAAGUAGAUAUAUUAUAUCUCCACUUAAAAACACCCACCACAACAAAUCAAAAACUCUCACCCUUACAUCAACCAAACUCUUUAUGUCCAUUACUAAUCAUUUAUGGAAAUUGCAUUGCCUCAAGCAAUGCUUUCAGAGUCAGCAUCUUUUAGAAACACCUGCCUUUUUGUUCUUGAUUUGUAAUUGUUUGUGUAGUUUGUUACUUAGUCUGUAGAUGACAUUGUUUCUUAAAGACUAUUACCUAUAGACACAAAUAUUUUUGGCUUUGCAGACCAGGAGGUCUCUGUCACAACUACUUGACCUUGCCUUUGUAGGCCAAAAGCAGACAUAGACAAUACAUAAAUGAUUUGUGGCUGUGUUCCAAUAAAACUUUAUUUGUAAAAACAAGCCAGGGGCUAGAUUUGGCCCACAGUCUAUAGUUUGCUGACUCUUCAUCUAAGUUAAAAAGAAGAAGAAGAAGAAGCAGGAGGAGGAGGAGGAAGAGAAGGAGGCUACUCCAAUUGGUUGUGUAAUUUUGUGGGAAAGUCUCUUCAAGUUCAUAUUUUAAUUGGAUCAACUUUCCAAUUUUGGCUUUCUAAAAACAUACCGUAGUUUGUUAUGACUUUAUAGAAAUGAAAUAACUUGUAAAUGAUGAUGACACAUGUAAGGUUUUCUGACUACAGAUGGGUUUGUGGAAACCUAAUAGGUCAUGACAGUCUGAUGUAGACAGUCACUGGGUUUGUCAUCUUAAGGUACUUCCUAGAACACUCACACAUGUCCUUACUGGUCUUGAAGGAACAUGGGCAUCCCCUUCAACUGGGUAAUUGGUUGGCACAAGUGAAACUAUAAUUCAGCAUUUGCUGUACUAAUGCCUGUCUUCUAAAAUAUUUCCUCGUGGAAAUUCACUGUCUUCUAGGAAAACUAACACUGGACUGAAAAUCUGUUCCUAGCUUCUAGAAACUCUUCAUUAAUAAGCACCUUUUUUUGGAUAGUGAAAUAUGGCUUGGCCAAAAAUAUCUCUGACAAAAUGUCAAGACUCAAUGUUGCUCUUGUGAUUUAGAAGUCUGACUGACGUGGGAGGCUGCUUCUCCACAAAUAAGUAUUUCUUAGAAUCUCAGCCAGAGUUACAUGGUUUCAUGGUAUCAUUAAAGGAGUUAAAGACUUGCUAUUAAGGCAUGGUAAAUAUUUAUGACUAUGGUUGCCACUCUCUAAGGUGGUUUGAUGUUUCAAUCAUGGCUCAGAAGGGCUGCUUUCCAUCAGCCAUUCUUUGGAGUUAAAUGUGUACAUGUUGGUAGGACAGGAAAGGAAUGGAAUGUCAACUUUCUGCCAAUGAUUCUUCUGGCCGAAAGGAAAUUUCUCAAUUUCUUUCUUGUCAGUGUGAGUCACAUGGAGAAUUUAUCUGAGGAGGACAUCAAAAGAAGGAGCGAAGGCAAUUAAGAAGGAAAAAAAAAAAAACAAAAACAACUCCUGACAUUGAUGUUGGUCUUACUCCUAUUGGAAAAUGGGUACCAGGUUGGAUUGCUGUUACCAUUUUGUUUUUCUUUUUCAAGCAUAAUUACUGAAUUUCUCAUUUGGGUUGUGCCCAGAUGGAAUAGGCCUUAUUUAGGCCUCAUUCUGAAAGAAGAGAUAGGGAAAUUCUCAUUAGAAUGGCCAGUUGAAGGGCACCUGCUGGCACAGUUAAGUAUCCUUCUCCUACUCUUGGUUUUGGCUCAGGUCAUGAUCUCAGGGUCAUGAGUUCAA